AUGGGCGCCGUCUUUCAUUCGAAUCACCUGCUGGGUGUCUGGUUGCUUCAAAAAGUUCCAGUAGUGCCACAGGCCGCAAUGGAUGCCUCGGCUCGCGACGAUGUUGUCCUCACUUUAACGGAAGCGGACGAUACUUCUUCCCGCCAAAUUGUAAAGCGCCGACGUCUUGCCCUUCUCUGCCAUUUUGGAGUGCGCUCCACUGCUCUCAUCUUCUAUCUUCUGUGUUCCUGGUUCACCACCGCCUUCAUCGCCCCUGUAGUCACCCUCCUCACCCUCUUCGCCAUCGAUUUUUGGCUUGUCAAAAACGUCAGUGGUCGUCUUCUUGUUGGUCUCCGAUGGUGGAAUUCUAUCGACCUAGAGACUGGCACUUCUAAGUGGGUUUUCGAAUCCGUUAAUAGCACAGCAAGAGGGGACGAGUCAGUAAGCAGUCGAGAACGCGCUUCCCGUCGCUCCGCCGCUCGUCUAUUCUGGCUUGGGUUGCUCAUAUUCCCGGUAAUUUGGGUAAUUCUUGUUCUUGUUGCUGUUUUCUCGCUAAAACUAGCUUGGUGUCUUGUUGCGGCCUGCGGAUGUUUGGCUGGGUCAAUCAAUGCCUACGGGUAUCUGCGUUGUCGCUUCAAAGGUAGUCCCAUCGGCGGUGACUCCCAAGGAAGUGGUUUUAGGGGCCUCUUGACGACCAAGAUGGCCAAGAUUGUGAUUUCAGAUCUGUGGUCGAAUGAGGAGAACCAACAGCAACAGCCUCCUAGCAUUAUCUAG